AUGAUUUCUGUAGCUCUGUUCUACCUCGUAGCUGUGAUUUGUUCUGCAAGACGGACACACGCUCUACCACUGUACCCCGAUACCGACUUGGAGCCACAGGCGGAUUUCAUUCAGAAAUUUGUGUCAGAGGUUCAGGAUGGAGCCAACGCUGCAGAGGGGGAGCAGCGAGAGGUGAAUAAUCUGUAUCCUCUACUGAUGCAGCACAAUGGAGCGAUGGAGUCCUGGAAUAAAGGAGCUACAGAUUCAGCACAGCAAGACAACUUUGCGAACAUGGUCAAGGACCUCAGAGAAGCCGUCUUGAAGCUGGAAGCGGCUGACAGGUUUCGCUCUCAGGGUUUUCUCAGAUCGGGGCAGAACUUACCAAAAGCAAACAAAAGAGCAUGUUUCUGGAAGUACUGUGUCACCAACUAG